AUCAAGUCACAGUAGAUGUGGAAUAUUCCCACAGACAGAUGGUUUCAUAAUAACGAGAGAAGAACUUGCAAAAGUGUGCGGCUCCUUGAAAAGAGAAGGUCAUGAAGGUUCAACAGAUCUCACACCAUGUUGUCUUUAUCCUGCUGGCUGCUGCUGUACGAUCUCAAGUCAACCCAGAAAUCUGUCGAUAUCCUCUCGGUAUGACCAGUGGGCAGAUUCAGGACGAGGACAUCUCUGCCUCCAGUCAGUGGUCUGAGUCAACUGCUGCAAGAUUUGGCAGACUUGACUUAGACAACGGAGACGGUGACGGGGCCUGGUGUCCUGACAUCAUGUCAGAGCCGGACGGCCUCAAAGAGUAUCUCCAGGUGGACCUGCGUUCACUACACUUCAUCACGCUGGUGGGCACCCAAGGUCGCCACGCCGACGGCAUGGGUAAUGAGUUUGCCCAGCGAUACAGGAUCAUGUACAGCCGCGACGGCAGCGAGUGGGUGGGCUGGCAUGAUAGGAAGGGAAGGCAGGUCAUUGAGGGGAACAGGAAUGCGUAUGAUGUGGUGCUAAAGGAUCUGGAGCCUCCCAUCAUAGCUCGUUUUGUCCGCUUUAUGCCUGUGACAGACCACUCCAUGAUCGUGUGUAUGAGAGUGGAGCUCUACGGCUGUGAAUGGCUGGAUGGCCUGAUGUCUUAUAGCAUUCCAGAUGGGCACCAAAUGAUCUACAGAGGCCUGGAUGUCUACUUUAAUGACUCUGUGUAUGAUGGAGCAUCAGCUGAUAGACUGACAAAGGGCCUCGGUCAGCUGACGGAUGGCACCUGGGGUCUGGAUGAUUUUCUCCACAGCCACAUAUACGCCAUGUGGCCAGGGUACGACUACGUGGGCUGGAACAACAAGAGCCUCCCCAAAGGUUACGUGGAGAUGAUUUUUGAGUUUGAUCACGUCCGAAACUUCACAUCCAUGAAGGUUCACUGUAAUAACAUGUUUAGCCGAGGGGUGAGGAUGUUCAGACAGGCCACCUGUUACUUCCGGUCAGGAUCAGACUGGGAGGCUGACCCGGUGACAUUCAGGCCCACUGUCGACCGCACGAGCCAAAGCGCCCGUUUUGUCACUGUGUCCCUCGGGGACCGCACAGCCAGCGCCAUCAAAUGCCGUUUCCACUUCAGUGAUGUUUGGAUGCUCUUCAGUGAGGUGGCCUUCCAGUCAGGCUCAGCAGUGUACAACACAUCUCCGACUGCUACCAAACACCCCACAAACACACCGCCAGCUCUCAUCUGGCUAGGAGAUGAUCCUACUCAUAAAUUGGAUGACAGCAAUACCAGGAUCCUGAUUGGCUGCUUGGUGGCUAUCAUCGCCAUCUUAUUGGCUAUCAUAGUCAUCACCCUGUGGAGGCAGGUCUGGCAAAAGAUGCUUGAGAAGGCAUCCCGCCGCCUGCUGGAUGAUGAACUCACAGCUCGUCUUGCGGUCCAGACCCAGGCCUUCUCCUCCCACCACUCCUCUCUGUCCAGCGAGAGUGGCUUCACCUCCAACUUCACCUAUGAGAGAAUCUUCCCCCUCUGCUCCGACUACCAGGAGCCUUCCCGCCUUAUCCGGAAACUACCCGAGUUUGCUCAGUCCACUGAACACCUCGGACCGAGCACCUCCUGUAGAGCCCUCGCAGCCAGUGGUGCAGACGGUGCCCCCCACUAUGCGGAGGCAGACAUCAUCAGCCUCCAGGAGUCUUCAGACAGCAGCACCUACUCCAUCACAGCUGUCGACAUGACUCUUUUUGCUGGCACAGAUUCAUCCAUGAGAGAGUUCCCCAGACACAAGCUCACGUUCAAGGAGAAACUGGGAGAGGGCCAGUUUGGAGAAGUGCACUUGUGUGAGGCAGAGGGCAUGCAGGACUUUUUGGAUGAGGAUUUGUCUAUAGAGGGAAACGAUGAGUCACCCCUGCUGGUUGCUGUGAAAACACUGCGGGAAGAUGCCAACAAGAAUGCAAGGAAUGACUUCCUGAAGGAGAUCCGAAUCAUGUCUCGCCUGAGGGACCCCAACAUUGUUCGUCUGCUGGCGGUGUGUGUGGACACAGACCCACUGUGUAUGAUCACUGAGUACAUGGAAAAUGGAGACCUGAACCAGUUCCUCUGCAAUCUCAGACUGAAAGAGGCUGCUGAUGAAGACAAGACAGAACAAGAGGAAAAAGAGGGGGAGAGUAUGGUCAGUUAUAGUAAACUCAUUGGCAUGGCUGUGCAGAUUGCAUCUGGAAUGAAGUACUUGUCCUCUCUCAACUUUGUCCACCGUGAUCUGGCGACACGCAACUGCCUGGUGGGUAAGAACUACACCAUAAAGAUAGCUGAUUUUGGCAUGAGUCGGAACCUGUAUAGAGGGGACUACUACAGGAUCCAGGGCCGGGCCGUCCUGCCCAUUCGCUGGAUGUCCUGGGAGAGCAUCCUACUGGGUAAAUUCACCAUGGCCAGUGACGUGUGGGCAUUUGGUGUGACUCUGUGGGAGAUUCUGACUCUGUGUAAGAAGCAGCCCUACUCCCAGCUCUCUGACGAGCAGGUCAUUGAAAACACCGGCGAGUACUUCAGGGACCAGGGCAAGCAGGUGUACCUGCCAAAGCCUCCCUGUUGUCCUGACAGAGUCUACAAUGAUCUCAUGCUGAGCUGCUGGAGGAGGAACGCCAAGCAGAGGCCGAGCUUUCAAGAGAUACACACUCAGCUGAUGGAGAGCCUGGCGUAACAAAUGGAACAGAUCAUUUCUCUUUGCCAUGCACUGUCACUGUACAUGUCACAUUUGCUCCCUUCAGUCUGGAUAUAUUUGGGAUCAAUUUGAAAUCAGAAACAACCCAUCAAAUGUAACCAUUUGUUUUUAGCUGACGUGCCACAAUGGUGCUGUAAAUAAUAAGAUAUGAGGAGAAGGUAUACACUUGAAAAGUGCCUUGUGUUUUAUAUAUACAAAUUAGCACUGUUCACCCAGUGAAUUCACUCCUUUGUGUAUUUAUUAAUUUCUUUUUAUUUCCUAUGCUAUGUCUAUUUAUAGAGUACUCUAUGGUAAUCCUAGAUUUAAAAACACAAUUGUGAUUUUUCUUUCAAUUUAUUUUCCAUACAUACAUCUAAUUCUACUGCACAUUUAUUAGAAGAUGUCUAUACAAAUGUGUGACCUUUUAUGAAUGUUUAUAUUUUUGCUUUUUAAGGGGGAACAAAUGGCAUGAUAAUGACUGUUGUCUAGAUGAGACAGGUGUUUUUACGCUGCAGCAGUUCACUGACAUGUUUUAUAAACAUGUUUACGUCCUUUUGCAGAAAUAUGCAUGUGUAUAUUGUUGAACAGUAGCCUAGUAAAGAACAAACCAAGUCAAACGAAAGAUCCAUGGAAAUAAAGAUAAUUAAUAUUUA